GCCAUAUCUGUGAUAAUUGCCAUAAUGUUGCCUCAAUGUUUCCAUCGUAUUCCCCACAUUCACGAGGUUUUCCUUUAUCAUUAGGCUGCGUUGUUGCCCCCUCUGCCGCUAACGACAACCCUUCCCCCAUUUUAGUGUCAGGCGGCGUUGAGGAGAGACCGACUUCUUCCGCGUCGAGCAGGCUCCCGAGGAGGGCGAGUGUUUAAGCGACAUCUUGCUCGAGUAACACGAAAACGAAAUACUUAAGCAAACAUAACGUCGGCUCCAAGUUGGCUUUUAACAGCUAGCCCGGCUCCGCACGCGGAUUCGGCAGCCAUGUUUUACGCCUAGAAAUUUCAAGAGUGUCCAUCCGCGCGGCUCGACUAAUGGUCAGUCAUUACUUAACAACUCGUCAAGUGUCGUAGAUGUUAAGCAUCGACCAAUUCGAAGUAAAACAAAAAAAAUAAUAUAUUUUUUUUAAACCAACAACAACUCUCUUACUUGAGUAGGCUGCCAUUACAACCUCCUCUCUACAGUGGCCUAUGCGUGAAACACACCGCUGAUAUCCCUCCGCCGAGGGCUCGCGUUUUCUCCUUUGGAGGGGGAGGGGGACGUGUAUCAAACACGAACAGAAGAUUAAAAUUCCACCACUAAAAUCAACAUUUUCCCCCGUAUGAGCGUAUGUCUGUGCAUAUUGUACGUCCUUGGCAUUUGCGGUGGUGUUUGGCUUUGAAACUCGCCCGGCUGGCACUAGUCUGGGCCUCCGCGCGGAGGAGCACCUCGAGCGGAGGCGAGCCGGGACUGUUUUCGAGCGCCUGAAUGGAGGCAGCCUCUUCCUGGUGGAUAAACAGUGACAGCUACAGGGCAGCCACCGACACCCAGCGGCCCGGCUCCGGCUCCGGCGCUGCCCCCGCCGAAGCACGCCGAAAACAUGGCUUCACACAGGCCGCACAUCGCGCAGUUGACUUCUGAGCUCUACUUCCUAAUCGCCCGCUUUCUCGAAGCCGGACCUUGCCAGGAAGCAGCCGAGACGCUGAUAAGGGAGGUGGAGGAUAAGGAGCUGCUGCCCAGGAGGUUGGACUGGACCGGACAGGAACAUCCCGGGACGUAUGAGGAUUUGGUGAAGCUGUACCGCCACAUCAGUCCUGAGCACCUGCUGCACGUGUGCUCCAGGGUGUGUCCUCUCCUGGAGCGGGACGUCCCAGCCAGCGUGCCGGGACUCACCAGCCUCCUUGGGGCGGGCCGACAGAAUCUCCUCCGCACGAGCAAGAGUUGCAAGCAUGUGGUCUGGAAGGGUUCAGCGCUGGCAGCGCUUCACUGCGGACGACCGCCAGAGCCUCCCAUCAUCUACGGGAGCCCGGCCAACAUCGUUGAAACGAGCCACGGUCGGCGGCUGAAUGGUUUUUACCGCCUGCGCCAGUUAGUGCCAACCGCAGUGUAUCAACACAUGAAGAUGCAUAAGAGAAUCCUGGGACAUCUGUCCUCAGUCUACUGCGUCACCUUCGACAGGACCGGACGACGCAUAUUCACCGGCUCUGAUGACUGCCUAGUGAAGAUCUGGAGCACAGACAACGGCUGUCUGCUAGCAACGUUGCGUGGGCACGCCGCCGAGAUCUCUGACAUGGCGGUGAGCUACGAGAACACCAUGAUUGCCGCCGGCUCGUGCGACAAGACCAUCCGCGUGUGGUGCUUGCAGACGUGCGCGCCGCUGGCCGUGCUGGAGGGCCACGCCGCAUCCAUCACUUCCUUGCAGUUUUCUCCUCUGUGUAGUGGCUCCAAGCGCUACCUGUCCUCCACGGGCGCCGACGGCACCAUCUGUUUCUGGCAGUGGGACGCACGUACACUCAAGUUCGGUCAGAGGCCUAGUAAGUUCACUGAGCGUUCCAGACCCGGCGUCCAGAUGAUGUGCUCCUCCUUCAGUGCAGGUGGGAUGUUCCUGGCGACAGGAAGCACGGAUCACAUCAUCAGGGUGUACUACUUUGGCUCAGGACAACCAGAGAAGAUCUCAGAACUGGAGUCCCAUACAGACAAAGUUGACAGCAUCCAGUUCUCACACUGCAGUGAUCGGUUUGUGAGCGGCAGCAGGGACGGCACAGCGCGCAUCUGGCAGCUGCACCCUCAAGGCUGGAGGAGCAUUCUACUGGAUAUGCAGACCAAAUUACCAGGAAAGUACAACCCCCCAGCGCUGGAAGACAAGGUGACCAAGCUGAAGGUCACCAUGGUGGCGUGGGACCGCCACGACAGCAUGGUGAUCACCGCAGCCAACAACCUGACACUGAAGGUGUGGAACUCCAUCAGCGGGAACCUGGUUCAUGUCCUGAUGGGUCAUGAGGACGAGGUGUUCGUCCUGGAGCCCCACCCCUUCGACCCCCGCAUCCUCUUCUCGGCGGGGCAUGACGGCAAUUGUAUCGUGUGGGACCUGGCCAGAGGCCUCAAGAUCCGCUCCUACUUCAACAUGAUCGAGGGUCAGGGGCAUGGGGCGUUGUUUGACUGCAAGUGUAGCCCAGACGGUCAACACUUUGCCGCCACCGACUCCCACGGUCACCUGCUCAUCUUCGGCUUCGGAUCCAGCAGCAAGUACGACAAGAUCGCCGACCAAAUGUUCUUCCACACCGACUAUCGGCCGCUGAUCCGAGAUGCCAACAACUACGUGCUGGACGAGCAGACCCAGCAGGCGCCUCACCUCAUGCCUCCUCCCUUCCUGGUGGACGUGGACGGCAACCCCCAUCCACCCCGAUACCAACGGCUGGUGCCCGGCCGGGAGGGCUGCCGGGACGAGCAGCUCAUCCCACAAAUGGGCGUAACCUCCUCAGGCUUGAACCAAGUGGUCAGCGAGCAGGCGGUGGACGGCCCCAGUCCUCUGGACACUAUGAUCCAGAGAUUACAGCAGGAGCAGGACCAGAGGCUGGGCUCCAACGAGACACCUGCUGCUGCUGUUACUGCGAGCUCCCGAGUCGGUAGAGCGUCUGUGGGUUCUCCGUCAGAGGUGCCCUCACCACCUAAUGUGGGCCUCCGUCGCAGCGGGCAGAUCGAGGGCGUGCGGCAGAUGCACAGCAACGCUCCGCGCAGCCAGAUGGCCACUGAGGGAGACCUGGUAGCAUGGAGCCGCCGGGUGCUGGUGCCUGAGCUGGAGGACGCCUCAGUCAGGAAACAGGUGAACUGGCGAGAGGCUAAAGGGGAGGAGGAGAUCAACAUUUACCAGUCAGAACGCCGGAGACGCACCAUCCACUCCCUGCCCAAGGAGAGCAGAGUUCAUCCAACUUCGGAGAGCGUGGCUGAUGAGGGGAGGCGGAGUCAGGGUAACCACGGUUACCAGACCCGAGCAGCUGUGGAGGAGACGAGCCGGCAGAGCGCCGAGGCAGCUGACGAUGAUGACAGCAUUUCGGAGGGCGAGACGGAGGUGCGGCAGAUCAACGGACACUCGUCAGAAGAGGAGAAGGAUGAGGAGCAAAAAGAGCCAUGGCCUGAUGAUCACAGCAGUUCAAGUGACUACUCAAGCGAUUACUCAGACUGGACGGCCGACGCAGGCAUCAACCUGGAGCCGCCCAAGAAAAGCGUGAAGGUGAAGAAGAAGAGCAGCAGCUCGGAAGAAGAUGGCGACAAGAAGCGAGAUCCCAAGAAAGAACGCAAGAAGGACAAAGCCGACAAGGACUGCACGCUACCAAAGAAGAAGAAGCCAAAGGAGAAGAGGAAGAGAGCAGAGUUGCAGGACCAAGGGCUAACUUUGGAGGAGUGGCUUCCCUCUUCCUGGAUCACAGACCUGCUUCCCAGGAGGUGUCCUUAUAUUCCACAGAUGGGAGACGAGUUGUACUACUUCCGUCAGGGCCACGAAGCAUAUGUGGAGAUGGCAAAACAAAAGAAGAUUUACAGCAUCAAUCCUAAGAAGCAACCCUGGCACAAGAUGGAGCUGCGGGAGCAGGAACUGAUGAAGAUUGUGGGGAUAAAAUACGAAGUGGGCUUGCCCACGUUAUGCUGCCUCAAACUGGCCUUCCUGGACCCGGACACCGGCAAACUGACUGGAGGAUCCUUCUCCAUGAAGUACCACGACAUGCCAGAUGUCAUUGACUUCCUGGUGCUGCGGCAGCAGUUUGACAACGCAAGGAAGCGGCAGUGGACUAUAGGCGACAGGUUUCGCUCGGUGAUCGACGAUGCAUGGUGGUUCGGCACCAUCGAGAGUCACGAGCCGUACCAGCCGCAGUACCCCGACAGCUUGUUUCUAUGCUACAACGUCUGCUGGGAUAACGGCGACACCGAGAAGAUGAGUCCAUGGGAUAUGGAGCUCAUUCCUGAUGAGGCUUCUUUCCCUGACGAGUUGGGCACAAGUGUCCCGCUCACGGAGGAGGAGCACCGCGAACUCCUGUACGUGCCGCUGGAUGGCGAAUGGGGAUGCCGCACGCGUGCCGACGAGUGCGAGCGCAUCAUCAAAGCCAUUGACCAGCUCUGCACCCUGGACAUCGCGGCACCGUUUGCUUUCCCAGUGGACCUUCAAGCGUACCCCACCUACUGCACGGUGGUGGCUUACAUCACGGACCUCAGCACCAUACGCCAAAGGCUGGUCAAACGCUUUUACAGACGACUGUCCUCUCUGAUGUGGGAAGUUCGUUACGUGGAGCACAACGCUCAAACGUUUAACGAGCCGGGCUCCUUCAUCGUCACCACUGCCAAGUUUGUCUCCGACCUCAUGCUGCAGUUCAUUAAGGACCAAAGUGUGACAGACCUAAUGCCACUCUACAAAACCCUGAAGAAGGCCACCUUCUCUGACUCUGAAGAUGAGGAUGAGGAGGAUGAUGAUGAGGACACGAGUACGCCAGGCACCUCCAUGCAAAACCACAAGGAGCGGCGUCCGACGAGGCGGCGUCUUCGCACACGGCCGCCCUCGUACGACCCUCAAGCGUGGCGAGGACGCUGCAAGGAGCUGCUGGACCUCAUCUUUCAGUGCGAGGACUCUGAACCCUUCAGAGAACCCGUGGACCUGCAGGAGUACCCGGAUUACCUCCAGAUCGUAGACUCACCAAUGGACUUUGGCACGGUCCUCAACACGCUGACUGCAGGCAAGUACCAGACGCCCAUCCAGCUCUGCAAGGACGGGCGCCUCAUCUUCAGCAACUCCAAAGCAUACACGCCCAGUAAGAAGUCCAGGAUCUACAGCAUGAGCCUGAGGCUGUCUGCGCUCUUCGAGGAGCACAUGAGCUCCAUCCUGGCCGACUACCAGGCCAUCCACGGCCUGACGGACAAGCUGACCCGACGGACCGCCGAGCGCCAGGCCCGACACGCCACCCCGGACCAGCGACCCACGCGGCACGUCAAGAGGCGACGGCGCAGCGAGUCUCCCCCCAGCAGUCCGGCGUCCAGCCCAGAGAGGAAAAGGCGCGUCUCGUCUCGUGUGACGAGCAGGCGGGAGCCGUCGCCGCCUCCCUCGCGGCCCCCCUCCCUGAGGCAGAACCUUCCCCCGAAGCACACGCCUCCGGUGCUCAACGGGAAGACAGACACGCCGGCAGCGGGACGCACACGCAGCGCCGCAAGACACUUUGCGCUCUCGCCGCCCUCGUCGGCGUCAGCGCACAAUGCUAACAUUACAGAGUCGACGCGCUCGCUGAGAACUCACAACUUUGUCUCCGCCUCCACACCACCCGCAGUAGCCGAGAGGACGACGCCCACUCCGGCCGUGGAAGGUGGGGUGGCGGGAAGCACUCGGCGGAAACCGAGGACGCCUGUGAGACGAAGAUCGGGGUCUCCUGAAAGUCCCCCUUCCCAGAGCACAGCCCACCUGAACGGCCACGGCAGUCACGUGACCGCCGGAGCGGGAAGGCGGGGCCGUAAAUCCCGAGCGGACCUGCCGGCGAGCCCUCCGCCGGACCCCGCGACUCCGGCCAGCCCGUCCAGGAGGCGCGGUCGCCCCCCGGGCAAGAAACGCGGCAGGAAGAGCAAAGCGGAUCUCGCUAGCCCCGCCCUUGACGAAGAGCUCGACCAAUCCACAGGCGACGAGGGCGGCGCGGCGGUGACGUCGGACUCUGGCACGCCGAGGAAGAGGGGCCGGCCGCGGUCCCUCAGAACUGAGGAGGUAACACCGCCUCCCCCUCCUCCUCCUCCUACUUCCUUGGAGACCCCCGAACCUUCGCCGCUGAGGAGGAGCAGCCGGCGAGCGCACGACGAUGUCACGUCCACGCCACGGACGCAAGGAGGCGCUCGGAAGGAUGGGCCGGCGGACCACCAGGAGGAGGAGGAGGACGAGGAGGAGGGCGAGAACGGGGCGGGGGGCUCCAUGCGCACCCGUAACCAGGGGCGACGCUCAGCCUGGUACGUGGAGGACGACUCUGAGGAGGAGCAGAGGCAGCUGCUCUUUGAGGACUCCUCCAUCACCUUCGGAACCUCCUCCAAAGGACGAGUACGCAAGCUGACAGAGAAGGCCAAGGCCAACCUGAUUGGCUGGUAGCCCGGCUAGCACACACACACACACACAAAAAAGCCCUUUUCACGCUGCCCAUCAAAGUGUUUGCUGCUCGGUUUUCUGUGUGAACGAUACCGAUGCGGGAUUGGGAGUUGAUAAAGCUUUGGCAAAAAAUACAAUUUUCUGAAAAGACUCAAAAUUUGGGGGUUUUCUUUUAUCCCAAACAUUUCAGAAAUACAUUUGGGUUUUUUUUCUGAAAAAGAAUUAUACAUUUGGAUGUAUUUUUCUUUAAAAACAAAAACAAAAAACAUCUUGUGGGAUAAAAUGACUCCAAAUUUAAGAUUUUUCUUUUUAUCAAAACAUUUCUUAUUUUAUUGGUAUUGUUUUCAAAGCCCAAAAAAUGUUAUUUUCUGAAAUGUUUUGGGAUUCAAAAUAGAUACAUUUUCAAUAAUUGAAGAAAAAAAUUAGGAUAAAAUCUUCCCCAAAGUCAUUUUCAUUUUUUUGUUUUGCAAAUGAAAAAAGGACUAAUUUUCAAUUUGUCUUUACUGUUAAAAAUAUUCAAAUUACAAUUAUUAAAAAAAGUUUGAAGAAAAAAUAAAAUCUGCAAAGCUAUGGAUGAAGAUAAUUUGGCAAGUUAACUGUUCAUCAAAAAUAUCAAAAAUAUGUAUUUUUAUAUUUUAUAGAUUAAAAAACUGGAGAAAAGCAAAACUUUAUGAAAAUGUUUGGAAUAAAAAUUUACACAAUUUUAAAUAUUUUGUAUAAAAAAGGAACAAAAUAAGAGAAUUUUUUUGGGGUGAUAAACAUUUCUUGGUUUAGUUUUUUUCUACCCCAAAAUGUCAAAUUUUUUGUUUUAUAAAUGAAAGAAGUUGAAAAAUAAUUUUUUUGUGUGUGUGUAAAAGUACUAGUAUUAUUAUUAUUAUUAUUAUUAUUACUAGUAGUAAUAUUACUAUUAUUAAUUACUCUUUAUUUUAUAAAUUAAAAUAAGAAGCAUAAAAAGAAAAAAAUUAGAAGAGAAUAAAAUCAGAAAAUUUGUGGAUAAAGAUUUAAGUGUUUGGUAAAAAGAAAAAUCAAACAAUUUGGCGAAAACCUUUUUUUUCUGAAAAUGUUGUUUGGAUAGAAAAAACUCAAACUGUUCCGAUUUUUAUUUUCUUCAUGAAAAGUUCUGUUUCUCAUGCGGCAAUUUUGCAGAAACGCCGUGUGCAAGGGGCUGCACACGCUCGUUCACCCAGCUGCUGCUAAUCCAAACUGUGCCCCCCCUACCUUCCUCCUCCUCCAAUAUUGGUCCAUGUUGGACCCCCCCCCCCUUCUCUUAAUACUGUACUUGAAAGAAAAGCCGCAGGAGGAGCGCUUGCUUUAUUGAACUGUACCGUCUCCGUUGGGUGGGCGGGGUCAAAGACGCCCACUUGAGUCCAGAACGUUUCCCCUAUCCCCAAACUUUGUUUUUAUACACCCUUUGCCCUCUACUUUUUUUUUUUUUUUUUUUUUUUCUAACAUUUGUACGUGAUGCUUUGCCCUCUGCUGGAAGUCUUAUGUGUUGCUGUCCAAUGAAAAGCAUGAAGCUCCAUAUAUUUAUGCCCAAAAAUUCUAAACCACACAUUUUUUUUCCCAGCUUUUUUACCAAAAAUGUUAUGAUUUUUAUUACGAUACAAAGAAAACCCUUUGGCCAUACAAUGCUUUACAGUGGACAACAACAAUAUGGAAAUGUGUGUGUGUGUGAGGAUCAUGUCUAGCCAAUGAUAAUCCCAUUUUUAAUAUUUUUUUAUCCCGACAAUAUGAGUGUGUGCGUGUGUGUGCGCGCGUGUGUGUGUGUGCGUGCGUUGUCGCUGUCCAAUGAAAAGGAGGUAUUUCCAAAUUUGGUGAUUUCAAGUUUUAUCCCCACUCCUCCCAAAUUGUUUUAAUCAUGACAUUUUGUGAUUUCUGUUUUAUCAUGGAAAGAAGAUGAGAUGCAUGUUUUUCAAUGGACAACAAGACGUAUGUGUCCCUGUCCAAUGAAUUAUAUAUAUAUAUAUAUAUAUAUAUAAAUAUUUUUUUUUCUAUUUAAAAAAUUUGGGGAUUUAAAAAAACAACUUUUUCUCAGUAGAGUAUUUUGGGGGUGAUAAAAGGUGAGUCACCAAAUUUGGAGAAGUUUAUCCAGAAAAAGCUCACAAAAUGUGUAUAUACAGUACAUGCUUUCUAUGAGACAAGAGCAACAUGGAUGCGUGUGCUUCAAAACCAAAAUGUUGGUCAGAAGGGUUAUAUUGUGUUUUAUUGCGCGUUAACAUGGACGGAAGAGAUGUGUACGUCCUAACUGCAUUAGCAAUGUGCCUUUAUGUGUUUGACGCGUGCGUGCGUGUGUGUGUGUGUGUGCGAGAGAGAGAGACAAAAGUUGUGUAUUUAUUAGAUCUUGUGACUCAUAUCACGUAGCCAACGCUAUAGCCACAUGCACUUAUCCACAGCUUCUUCGCGAUGCCCUUUUGUGGAGCAUACACGCAUACACACAGUUUAAAAGCAAAUUGGGUCAAAUUGGCACGUGUCAUAUUCGCGGUCAGUGCUGGUGUGCCUUGAUGAAUCCUGUCAGGACCUUUUUAACGGGUCGUUUAGCUUUCGGGACCAGGCGAGGCUGGAUUCUCACCGAACAAAAAUGUCCAUCCUCCUCUUCCGUUGCUCCCACAUUAACGCCAUACAUGAUUUGUCAACUGUGUGUCAGGUUCAUGAUGUUUCGGACCCACUCGUACAGUGUUAAUGUGUACUUCUGAUGUUUUGAUUGACAGGUCCUGAGAGUGUGUUGAUUGAUGCAUGUUGUGGCCCAAAAUGUCACAUUACAUGAUACAAAGUGGAACCUCCAAAUUUCCAAUUUUUCUAUUUCCACAUUUGAAACUAGGGCUGGUUUAUAUGGCCAAAUUCAAUAUGAAAAGCUUUCCCCACUGAAGUAGCAUUCAUUUUUCCAGGUUGUUGUAGUAGUAUCUGAUUAACAGUUCCAAUAGAUGUGGUUUCAGCACAUUCAGCGGACACGCCCACAGCCUUAAAGUGCAGAUGCAUUUUUUUUUUUUCUUCACCAUGUUGAAGCCUCAUUUUAUAUAAUAGCUGAUAUUUUUGUAAUUCAAAUUUGGCAGGGUUGUUAACAACACUGGUGUGUCAAAUUCAUAAGACAGUUGUCAGUUUACAAAGACUUGCAUUUUUGAACAACAGUCGCAAGAGAGGUCGGAAAAGUCGUGCUUUUGUAAACUAGCAUAGCAUAGAAUUAAAAUACUUGGUUUUCUUUUUUUUGUUUCCUUUUUCAUAAAGAAUUUAAAUAUUUUCAAACAAAACGAAAAAGCUCACAAAAUGUCCUAACAUUUUCAAAAGAAAAAUCUUAAAACAUCUGGGGGGAAACAUUUUCUCAAAACUGUUUUGACAAAGGCAAAACCUCAAAAAUGCAAGUGCAAAUACUUUCCAAAUAAAAAUCUGAGAAAAAAAAUUGCAUGGCUGGAGGCAAACAAAAUUAUGUGAAUGUUUGUGGAAGAUUAAAAGAGAAAAAUUGCUGACUUUGGAGGUUCCACUGUACAGCUGAUUAGAAAUUCUGUUUCCCUCAAAUGUGUCGCCGACCUUACAUUAAUUCCCAUGCUACUUUAGGCUGAUUAUUAAGCAAUCAACUCAUUGCUGCUUAAGAAUAUGUCCAUAUAUAUAUAUAUGUUUUUUUGUUUUUUUUUUGCAGUGAGACUUACCCCGAACCCCUCCUGCUGUUUCUGCCUAAAUGUUAUGAAUGAGUCAUAUUUAUAUUUGAGCCCACCUUUGCAACCGUCCUAACACAUUUGAAAUGAUCUAAAAGGGGCCUUAAAGACAUGGAACAGUGGGGAAUUAAGUGUGUGGACGUGUGUGUGUGUGUGUGUUAUGUGAGCAUUUCCAGUUGUCCAAGAGGGCGCAGCAUGAAGGGAGAGGCUUCUGUUUCACACGUCUUUGUUAGUUUGGAUACUUUUUUAUAUGAAUAUAUUAAUAAUGAAAUCAACAUGAAAAGAAGAAGCCUCAAGCUAGAAUGUACGUAUACGUUUGUGUGUGUAGGCAAAGUACUGCUGUCUUGUUAGUUGAUACACACAAUAUUUUAAUGAAAUAAAACAGUUGUGUUUCUGUA